UUAAAUUACUACAAGAUAUUUGUUUAUUUUUUUAAUACCAUCUUUUAAAAAAAUAUUUAAUUAAUUUUUAUUUUUUUUUUUUAAAAAUAAUUGAAAAAAAAAAAAAAAAAAUGGAAAGACAUCAUAGUUUUUUUAAAAAUCUUUUUGCGUUUUUAUCCGUAUUCCUACUAAUAUUAAUAAUGUCCACCGAAGAAAUCAAUGCAGAAUCAACAGCUAGAGCUACCUUAGUUUAUCCACAACACGCCCAAUUAGGUGAAGGUUCAAUUUGGUCAGUUGACAAACAAGCAUUAAUUUGGAUUGAUAUUGAAGGAAGAAAAUUAUUUGUCUAUCAUCCAAAUGAUAAUACCAAUCAAGCAUUUGAUUUACCAGAAAGACCAGGCACUGUUGUAGAAAGAACUAAUGGAGAAUUAUUGGUUGCUGUUAAAGGUGGUAUUAGAACAUUCAAUAUCUACACAAAAGAAUCAAUGAUUAUAACCAACCCAGAAACCGAACCAACCAAUAGAUACAAUGACGGAAAAUGCGAUCCACAAGGUAGAUUUUGGAUAGGCUCCAUGAGCUUAAAGAGUGGUGAACCAGCAGUUGCCUCUUUAUAUAGAGUCAACCACGAUUUAUCAAGCGAACGUAUACUUAGUGGCAUUAAAAUUAGCAAUGGUUUAGUAUGGAGCUUAGAUCAAAAGAAAUUCUACUACAUUGAUACACCAACUAUGGGUGUUGAUGAAUUUGACUAUGAUGCUCAUAGCGGUUCCAUUUCAAAUCGUAAAAGAUGUAUUUCAUUCACCGGUCAAGAUGGUUUCCCAGAUGGUAUGACUAUUGAUGCCGAAGGUAAACUUUGGAUUGCACAUUGGGAUGGCGGUAGAGUAACAAGAUGGGAUCCAAACACUAAACAACGUAUCUUUACCGUUACUGUUCCAAAUGUUUCAAAAGUAACCUCUGUUGCCUUUGGUGAUUACGAUUUACAAACUCUUUAUAUUACAACCGCUAGAGAUGGUGGUCAACCUGACUCUGGUUCAUUAUUUAAAUAUAGAUUUACAAAUGGUAUUAAAGGUAUUCCUGCCUAUAAAUUCCGUGGUUAAUCAAACAAACCAAUUCUCUUUCUUUUGUAAAUUUUUUAAAUACACAUAACCAAAAAUAAAAUAAAUUUUAUCUCUUUAUCAUUAUUAAAAUAUUAUAAUACACCAAAAAUAAAAUUAUUUAAAAAUAAAAUACUAAAAAUAAAACUAUUUAAAAAUAAAAAUAUAUUGAUUGAUAAGUUUAUUUUUAGAAAUC